UGGGCCGCUCCAGCCUUUAAGCCUAAGCCUUGCUCCGCCCAGCUUCCUUUGCGGGAUAGUUCGGGGUCCUUCCUCCACGCUCCCAGAUGCAACUUAGUGUGCACGCUCUGGCCGCUGCGGACCGUCCGUUCCUGGAAAGAUACAGAAUUUGUUUACCCUGGCAGAAGAGUCACAUUUGUGCAUUUGGAAAACGAGGCCAUCUAGCUGAUUUGUCAAAGUCAUGGAAACCCUGAAUGUGGAUGUAGGACAGGGCAUCUUACUGCUGUUCUUAGCGUUGAACAUUUACCAUUUGAUAGGCGACCGUCCAGGGUGAAAUGUUAACUCGUUAAAGCAUUUGGAGCUUGGGCUCCGAACUCUGUCCUCCUGCUUUGAUUCAAAUCUUGCCCCACCGGUUUGUGACCUUGGGCACGAUUUUGGUGCUUCAUCUUCCUAAUCAGAAAAAUGGGUCUAAUGGAGAGUAUUUGUCUUAAGCCUUUGAGAACGAGAUGGGAAAUAGUUGAUGUGCAGAGCGCUCUUAGAAGAUGAGCCGUCAGACUGCUACAGCAUUACCCACUGGCACCUCAAAGUGUCCACCAUCCCAGAGGGUACCUGCCUUGACUGGCACAACUGCAUCCAACAAUGACUUGGCGAGUCUUUUCGAGUGUCCUGUCUGCUUUGACUAUGUAUUGCCACCUAUUCUUCAGUGUCAGAGUGGCCAUCUUGUUUGUAGCAACUGUCGCCCCAAACUUACAUGUUGUCCCACCUGCCGGGGCCCAUUGGGAUCCAUUCGCAACUUGGCUAUGGAGAAAGUGGCCAACUCCGUACUCUUCCCUUGUAAAUACGCCUCUUCUGGAUGUGAGAUAACUCUGCCGCACACCGAAAAGGCAGAGCACGAGGAGCUCUGUGAGUUCAGGCCUUACUCCUGCCCCUGCCCUGGUGCUUCCUGUAAGUGGCAAGGCUCCUUGGAUGCUGUCAUGCCCCACCUGAUGCAUCAGCACAAGUCCAUUACCACCCUGCAAGGAGAAGAUAUAGUUUUCCUUGCUACAGACAUUAACCUUCCUGGUGCUGUUGACUGGGUGAUGAUGCAGUCUUGUUUUGGCUUUCAUUUCAUGUUAGUCUUGGAGAAACAAGAAAAAUACGAUGGCCAUCAGCAGUUCUUUGCGAUUGUACAGCUGAUAGGAACACGCAAGCAAGCUGAAAAUUUUGCAUAUCGACUUGAGCUGAAUGGUCAUAGGCGGCGAUUGACUUGGGAAGCCACCCCUCGGUCUAUUCAUGAGGGAAUUGCAACAGCCAUCAUGAAUAGUGACUGCCUAGUGUUUGACACCAGCAUUGCACAGCUCUUUGCAGAAAAUGGCAAUUUAGGCAUCAAUGUAACUAUUUCCAUGUGUUGAAACGGCAAUCAAAUAUUUCUGGCCAGUGUUUAAAAUUUGCAUUUGACUUCACAGAGAAUAAGGCACCCAUCUGCUUGCCAACCUAAACCUCUCCUGGUAGGUAGAAGCUAGACAUGAAGGUAAAUAAAAAGAAAAGCUGUUAAUACAGGAAACAGUUGCAUGUAGUAACACUAAUAUAUUUAAAAAUAAUUCAACAGUAAACCACUGAAAAAUAUAUAUACCCAAGAUGGGCAUCUUUUGUAUUAAGAAAGGAAACAUUGUAAAAUAUUUCUGAACUUUGUGUUUGUUGUAGAUUGAUUGUAUUGUUGACAAUUUUUUGGGGGUGUGUGUCUGUGCACGCAUGCGUGCACGUGUGUGGUUGGUUUUCCUUUAACUGACAAGCCAUCUGCGUGGUCAUGGACCACCGCUUUCCCCUUGUGAGUCAACACACAGUGCUGCUGUGGGGUUGUUUUUUGUUUUGUUUUUUGUUUUGUUUUUUGGUGUGUGUGUAUUUGCUAAUUUUUAUUCUAGUUUUUCAUUAAAUAAAUUUGACUUUCUUUUCUGUAAUUCAGGUUUUUCUCACUUUUGUACCUUUUAAGUUAGCGUCUUUUUGAUAUCCAUAAUUGCUUAAUGUCAGAAGUUUGUGUUCAGUACAUACUUUCUUUUCCUUCAAUCAAUUUAUUAGACAUUUUUAAUUCAGCCCUUCUGUGGAAAUCGGAAUUCCAGAAAGGAAAGGGAGCAGAGCAGCUCGUCGAGGCUGAAGCAAGUACAGGACGGUCUCGCCUCCCGACUGCUGUCCUACGCCGUCAGGUCAGGCUUACUCUCUGAAAGGUUAGCUUAGGGAGUAAACUCUGGUCACUAUAAAUUAAAAAAUAAUCAGGCUUUUCCUCUCUUCAAAUGUCUUGGGCAAAUCACAUGUUUAAAUUGGUUCUUGUAUUUAUUGGUUUUGCAAAAGAGUGCAUCAUCAUACACAGUAUUUGUAAUUAAAGUAAAUCAUUUGUUUUUAAAAAAAGGCAGUUUGCAAAAAAAUGUUUUUGGUCUUUUAUAAUUCUCAUUAAAAGAUUAUCUGGCAAAUUAAAAAAAA